AUGAGCUCACGCAUCGGAGCGCGCCCGUGGAGGGGCACGAGUGCGUCAGCAUCGCCCCUCACGGUGGCUCUACUGCUGUUGGUCGUAGUGUUUGCAAGCGUUGUGCACGCCGAUUUAGAAGUGGGGGAUGCGUGCGUGGUACAACGAACGUCCGAACCGGGCAUCUGCCGUCCCGUGUCCGAAUGCCAACAGGUGAUCGACGAUAUCCGCAACCGACGGGGAAAUCCCACCAAAUGUGGUUUUGUCGAGCGGGUGCAGAUCGUGUGCUGUCCGAGUGAUCAAGCUAAAACAACGGCCGCCUCCACCACGCAGUCACCGGUGAACGAACAUCAGCGCAUCAGGGAUAAAUGCGCCGAAUAUGGGCAAGCGGUAUUUUCCAAGGAGUACGUUAACUCGCUCACUGCCGAUGAACCGAAGUUGCAGACCCUGGAUAAGUGUGGCCACACGGCAGUGGAACUGAUCGUCGACGGGGAGCUAGCGAAGGCUCGUGAAUUUCCCCACAUGGCUCUGAUUGGGUUUGGAGCGGCACCCGAACUGAUGUACCUUUGUGGAGGAUCGCUCGUUUCCGAUCGGUUCGUGCUUACGGCGGGACAUUGUUUAGCCUCCAUUUUGUAUGGCCCAGCUACCGUCGUUCGUUUGGGAGAACUAUCACUAAGCUCCACCACGGAUGAAGCAUUUCCGGAGGAUUUCGACGUAACCGAGCGAAUCGCUCACCCGGAAUACAAACAGACCGCGCACUACAACGAUAUCGCUUUGCUGAAGCUGAACCGUAAGGUUAUAUUCUCGCCCUACAUCCGUCCGAUAUGUCUACCGGUGCAAGCCACUAUACCGCAAAAGCGUGCCAUCGCGAGCGGUUGGGGUGCGAUCGGGUUCGGGCUGGAGCAGAGCAGUGCCCUCCUCAAGGUGACGCUCGAACGUUUCCCCUUCGAUGAAUGCAAGGUAGCGUUCGAGCCGAGCCGAAAGCUUCGCACGGGCCUUAACAGUACCACCCAAAUGUGUGCCGGUUCCCGUAACUCAAGCAAGGACACCUGUCAGGGUGACUCGGGUGGUCCGCUGCAGGUUUACAACGACGCCAACGUGUACUGCACGUACACCAUCAUCGGUGUGACGUCUUUCGGUCAGAACUGUGGCCUGGCCGGUGUGCCGGCGGUGUACACCACCGUGUAUCCGUACAUUUCGUGGAUUGAGAAUUUAAUAUUUUAA